AUGAAUCAAUUUAAUUUUAUAAGGAAAGCGAGACAAUUUGAUUUGAGCGACUAUUAUAAUGAAGUUGAUAUUGUGAUAUCAUCUAUACAUGAUCUUGACUUUCUCAACGCUUGGAAGCCCUUUCUUGAACACUUUCAUUUAAUUAUCAUACAAGAUGGUGAUCCAGACAAGUUUUUACGAAUUCCAUUGUGGGCUGACUAUGAACUGUAUAACAGACGUGACAUAGAAGCGUCUUUGGGAAAGGAAAACCAAUGGAUUAUCAGCUCGCAAGAUGUAUCGAUUCGAAACUUUGGCUUUCUUGUUUCCAAUAAAACCUUCAUCUAUACACUUGGUGAUGACUGUCUGCCAGCUCAGGAUGCAAAUGGAAAUAACAUCAAUGCCAUACAAAGGCACAUUCAAAAUCUUGUUACUAACUCAACUCCCUAUUUUUUUAAUACUCUAUAUGAUCCUUUUCGUGAAGGUUCCGAUUUUGUUCGUGGAUAUCCAUUUAGUUUGAGAAGAGGCAUACCUACCGCUAUUUCCCAUGGAAUUUGGCUUAAUGCUCCAGAUUACGAUGCGCCUACACAAUUAUUGAAACUUGAAGAACGUAAUACAAUUCUUGCCGAUGUAACUAUAACAGUUCCAGCAGGUAUUCUCUAUCCUAUGUGGUCUAUGAAUGUGGCUUUCAAUCGCAAGUUUAUUGGACCAGCUUUCAUGCAAGGUCUUAUGGGUUCUGGUAUGCCAUGGGGACGAUACGAUGAUAUGUUUGCUGGAUGGGCAAGUAAAGUAGUAGCGGAUCAUCUUGGUCUUGGUGUCAAAACAGGAGCACCUUAUAUUCAACGUAACAACGCAUCAAAUCCAUUCACUAAUCUUAAAAAGGAAUAUAUGGGACUGUUCUGGCAAGAAGAUAUUAUUGAUUUCUUUCAAAACGUGCGAUUCUCAUCAUCUGCUAAAACUCCAGAAUCGUGCUACUUAGAACUGGCCCAAAUGAUUCGUGAAAAACUGAGUGACUUAAAUAAAUACUUUAAUCGACUGGCUGCAGCCAUGGAAAUUUGGAUUGAUAUUUGGCAUCGACUACAAAAUGGUAAACUUAGUUUCAGACCUAGUCGACACGCUCGAAAAAAAAAUAACGAAUAUCGCAUUGCAGUGUUGACUAUUUGUCGCAGUGAGGGUGUAUACUUGUCUAUUUGGUUAACAUACUACCGUCGUUAUUUUGCUGAUGAGGAUAUUUAUAUUUUGGACAACGAUAGUACUGAUGGCUCGACAUCGAAUCUAUCAGUGAAUGUUAUUCAUGUUCACUCAGAAAAGUAUUUUGAUCACCUUUGGUUAGUUGAUACUGUUCAAAAGAAGGUACAGGAUUUGCUCGACAAUGGAUAUAAAUAUGUUUUGUUUUGUGAAGUCGAUGAAAUAGUUGUUCCUGAUCCUGCCAUAUAUCCGUUGGGCUUAAUCGAUUAUAUAAAAAGAACAAAUUUUUCGGUUGUUCGUGUCAAAGCGUAUGACAUUCGUCACAAUGUGACUUUCGAACCAAAGCUUAAACUGAAUGGAUCAAUUCUUCAACAACGAUUAUAUUGGAUGCGACACCCAGCUUACGAUAAACCUCUAUUGACAAGCCGAUCUCUACAUUGGGCUGUAGGUUUUCAUACCUGUAAAGAACCUGCUACAAAGGAUGAAAAUUUGAUCAUGUUUCACUUACAAAGAAUGGAUCAUGAUUUUUAUAUGAAGCGUACCAGUUGGAAAAGUCAACAGAAUUUCAAAAUGGAAGAUCUCAGGCGGGGUUGGGAUCAUAAACCAAAUGUACGACAAGAAGAAGAAGGUAUACAUCAAACUGGUGGAAGAGUAACAAAAUAUAAAGAUGAUAUACCACAUGUUGAAAAUCAACUAGCUGUUAGUCGUGCAUUAGAUGAUUAUUCAAUAGAUAAACAUAUUAUACCAGCAUUACCUGAUAUAAUUCAAUAUUCAAAACAAUCAUCAGUUGCAUAUAUCAUACUUGCUUGUUAUGGUAUUUGGGAUGUUAUAAAUAAUCAACAACUUGCGACAUUUGUUUUUUCAAAUAAAAUAUUAUCGAAUAUAUUACAACAUAUUGUUUCACAAUUAUUAGAUGAAUGUUUAGAAUUAGAAACUAUGGACAAUAUGAGUGUUCCUAUUGUUAAACUUUACAUAUUCGAAAAAAAAUUAUUUUAUUUAACUAUUUGUCUAUGUAUAUAUAUAUUAAUGUGCAUAGAUAGUCAUUAA